UCAUGACAGCAAAAUUUCUUUGAAAGAUUGAAACUUUAUGCUCGGUCUUGGUUAUAAACCAAAAAAAGAUAGAUCCCAAGAUCAUAAACCCUUGUGGGUUCGCUAAUUUUCAAGAAAACAGAGCAUGACACCGUGAACAGAAUCGAAUAUUUCCCGAUAUCUUUUCGUUUUGGUUCACGUUAAAACCCAUUUCAUUUCUGUUUCUAAAAGAGAAAAUGGUGGGAGAACACAGAUUGAUGCUUCUGGGGUCAUUUGACAAGAAAACAGCUAAAGAUUCAACAAACCGACCCAACAACAAAAAACCAAGACUCUUACUUGAAUUGGAGUUGACAGUGACCUCAUAUAUCUCAUUAUGCAGCCCAGCCCCCUCCACCACCACUGGUAUUCAAUAACUCCUCUAUAUAACAUUUUCAUCUCCUCCACCGUUCUCUCUCUCUCUCUCAACAACUAACUACUCCAAGAACACUGCCUUUCUACUUCUUUUCUAAUCAAUGAGGAUGAGGGUUGAUUUAAUUUAUUUGUCAGUGGUAGCUUGUUUCCUUCCUUCUCCAUUCUAUUCUGUAUCUGGUUUGAACUCCGAUGGUCAAACGUUGUUGUCACUCUCCAGACACUGGAUUUCUAUACCCUCAUCCCUGGUCUCAUCCUGGAAUGCUUCUGAAGCCAAUCCUUGUUCAUGGGUUGGUGUUUUCUGUGACCACAACAAACUUCUAGUGUCUCUCGACUUGUCAAGUUUCAAAAUUUCAGGUGAAAUAGGACCAGAAAUUUCCGGGUUAACCCAUCUAAAAUCAUUGAAUUUAAGUUCUAACCAUAUCUUUGGUCUAAUUCCUUCACAGAUAGGGAAUUGCAGUCUUCUUCAACACUUGGACUUGUCCCUCAACAUUCUUAAUGGUAAGAUACCAGACAGCCUUGGUAACUUGUUAAGUUUGAGACGAUUGAGUCUUUUUAAUAAUUCACUAAAUGGUUCCCUACCAGAAUCCAUCUUUCACAUUCCCAGUUUAAAGAGUCUUCGCCUCAGCUUCAACCAGCUGACGGGUUUGAUUCCGUCAAACUUGGGAAACGCGAGCAUGCUCCAAGAAUUGUAUAUCGACAAUAAUCAGUUCACUGGAUCGUUACCUGAUAGCCUAAAUAAUCUCUCUAACCUUGUUUACUUAGAUGUUCAUAGUGCUGGUGUAGAGGGUAGAAUUCCUUUGGGUCAUGGUGAUUGCAGAGAUCUGAUCUAUUUAGAUUUGUCUUUCAACCACUUUUUCGGUCUUCCACCUGAGUUAGGGAACUGUAGUAACCUGCAACAAUUUGCUGUUGUCAAGUGCAGGUUAACUGGUCCAAUCCCCUCUUCUUUUGGUCAGCUCACCAAGAUGACUCUUCUUUACCUUUCUAUUAAUCAGUUAUCAGGGAAGAUACCACCUGAGCUUCACAACUGCACCUCCUUGAGUGAUCUCCAACUAGACCAAAAUCAACUUGAGGGUAGCAUUCCAAGUGAACUUGGAAUGCUGAAGCUGACAUCCCUUUUUUUGUUUGAUAACUAUUUAUCAGGUGAAGUUCCAAUGAGUAUUUGGAAGAUUGAAACCCUUGAGAACCUUCUUAUCUAUGGAAACAGUCUUUUUGGUGAACUACCCAUUGAGGUGACCCGGAUGAAGCAUUUGAGAGAAUUUACUCUUUUUGAUAAUCAUUUCUCUGGCAUCAUACCUCAAAGCUUAGGAAUCAACAGCAGUCUUACCAAAAUUGAUUUCUACAAUAACUCGUUCACCGGACGGAUCCCACCAAAUCUUUGCUUUGGAAAGCAACUGGAGAGGCUGAUUUUGGGGUUCAAUCCUCUUGAAGGGAGUAUUCCUUCUGAUGUUGGGAACUGCCCAAGUCUUGAAAGAUUGAUUUUAGAUAAUAGUAAUCUCACUGGGGUUCUCCCAGAAUUUGUAGAUAGUCCAAACCUGUUAUUCAUGAACCUUAAGAACAACUGGUUGACUGGAGAGAUUCCGGCUAGCUUUGCUAAACUUGCAAAUAUCACUGAAAUUAACCUCUCCAUGAAUAGGCUUUCGGGUCUUUUACCUCAGGAGCUUGGAAACCUCCUGCAGCUACAGGUUCUGAACCUUUCUCGCAAUGCAUUGGAAGGUCCUUUGCCAUCUCAACUAGGAAAUUGCAGCAGGUUGUUGAAGUUUGAUGCAAGUCAUAACUUGUUCAAUGGCUCAAUUCCAACUGAUUUGCGGAGUAUGUCAGGGUUAUUGACUCUGGAUCUAAGUGAAAAUCAUUUUUCAGGUAACAUUCCAACUUUUGUAACUGAAUUCCAGGCUCUGAUAGAUCUUCGACUUGGUGGAAACUCACUAGGCGGAACGAUACCUUCAUCAAUAGUCGGGCUCAAGACACUUGGCACAUUGAAUAUCAGCAGCAAUGGUCUAACAGGUGACAUUCCUUCGGGUUUCAGUAAACUGGUGAUGUUACAGCAGCUAGACGUUUCUCACAACCAUCUAACCGGCACUUUAACAUCACUCGCUGAGCUUCGUGUGUUAACUGAGCUUGACAUCUCGUACAAUCUCUUCAUGGGUCAGAUACCAGCAGCAUUGAUGAAAAUUUUCAACUCAUCUUUCUAUUCAUUCUUGGGGAAUCCAGGUCUUUGUGUCGAUUGUGGCUUGAAUUGUGAUGCGGGCAGAAACUUCACUCGUUGUACCCAUUCUUCAGACAAACAGAGAGGUCUUACUAAGUUCCAAACUGCAAUGGUAGCCCUUGGAACAUCAGCACUUAUGUUCGCGGUUGUUAUUGGACUUGGUUUCAUGCUUCAAUGUCGAAAAAGAGAAAAACAUGAUAUUGAAGAGAUCUAUGAUGACAAAGAGGAUGGUUCUUUGUUUCAYAAAGUAAUGGUAGCUACUGAGGACUUGAAUGAUAAAUACAUAAUUGGGAGAGGAGCUCAUGGAACCGUGUACAAGGCUUCCUUAGGUCCGAUUGAUGGAGUUUAUGCAGUAAAGAAACUUAUGUUUGGAGCCAGCAAAGAAGGCAGCACGAGUAUGGUUCGAGAGAUUGAGACAGUUGGGAAGGUCAGACAUAGAAAUCUUGUCAAGUUGGAAGAUUUUUGGAUGAGGAAGGAUUACGGUUUGAUCUUGUAUAGGUAUAUGCACAAUGGUAGUCUUCAUGAUAUUCUACACGAGGUAUAUCCGCCUCCAUUUUUAGAUUGGAGCAUUCGUUGUAACAUAGCUCUUGGAACUGCCCAUGGUUUAGCAUAUCUUCAUUUCGACUGUGAUCCUGCUAUAGUUCACUGUGAUAUCAAGCCCAUGAAUAUUCUUUUGGAUGCUGAUUUGGAGCCUCACAUCUCAGAUUUUGGCAUUGCCAAGCUUCUGGAUCAAUCAUCUGCUGCACUAAUGAGCGGCACACUCUGUGGCACAAUUGGAUACAUUGCUCCAGAAAAUGCGUUUACAUCCACGAAAAGCAUGGAAUCUGAUGUGUACAGCUAUGGCAUUGUGUUGUUGGAACUGAUAACCAGAAAGAAGGCAGUUGAUCCUUCAUUUGCAGAUGGAAUGGACAUUGUGAGGUGGGUGCGGUCCGUUUGGAGCGAAAAGGUGGAAGUUGAAGUGGUUGUGGAUGCCGGUCUUUACGAUGAUUUAUAUGAUUCUUGUGUAAUGGAACAAGUGAUGGAAGUGCUUCAGCUGGCUUUGAGGUGUACAGAAACAGAAGCAAGCAGAAGACCAUCAAUGAGGGAGGUAGUGAAAGAAUUGGAAGACGUGUAUUCAGCUAUUAGCAGCAAGCUUAAGUAAACUAGUAGUAAUAGGUUUGUUUGCAUUUCUUGUUUUAAUGUCUCCUUAGAUGUAUA